AUGACGUCGAUUCUGGUAUUUAUGGUGUGUGUGGUAUUUUGGGAUGCUUUGUACAUGCCUGCCUGGUUCGGUGAUGGGAUUGAUGUUGUCGCAACUGAAGACGUCGUUUUGGCAUCUCUUUUGACGGCAUCUCUUUUAUUGGAGCCUGCGUGCUUUCCACUACCUACCCUGCCUGACGCCAGACGCUUAUGGCUUGAGUUGUCGGUGAUUUUGCCUUACUUUUGGACAUUCAGGUCGGAGGCUCCGUGUGUGGUUGAUCAAUUUUACUUGGUGAUGUUAUGCUCAUCAGACUUGGUUUGUUAUUUCAUCGUGAACACCCAGCAAGGGGUCAUAGAUACAUCACCAGUCCUACACGUUCACUACAAUCCCGUGUUGGACCGUGGUUUUGGACUGGGAUUGGAACAUAGCGACGACUGGCAGCUUGGGGCAUCGCGUGGGCAUUUUGUCAUGAUAUCGCGUGUGGAUUUACCACGUUAUUUUUCCCUUAACCACAACAUCCGGAUGCAAUUGCGAGUAUCCGGCACACGUCAUAUUCACGAAUCACAACGAGCAAGGCAGAAACGAUAUGGUUUACAAAGAUGA